AUGGCGUACAACUUGGACGAGGUCGUCGCCUCCAUUGACGCCCUCCACGCCACCAAAGACAAUGCCCACAUCGCCACCAUCCAGGACCAGCUCCAGCGGCUCCAGAAGCUGGAACACGGCUACACGCUCGGCCGCCAGCUCUUGCACCGGCCUCAGGCGCCCGUCCAGUACUUCGGCGCCCUCACCAUUACUGUGUUCGUUACUACUCAUCCUGAUCAGGUGAUACCACACGCUCAGCAAUUGCUUCCUGACCUCGUGGCCACGAUGUACGAGGUGUACUCCCAGGGCCGCCAGCACGCGUACGUGCUCCGCAAGCUUAUCCUGGGGUUUGCCCUUAUCUACAGGUUGCUAGCCGCUUCAGAAUCGUCGGAUGCUCGGCUAGAUCCAGCUACGUUGCUCGUACAACUGCCGCAAUUCACUGUGGCAGAAAUUGGUGCCCUCACUGAGCCUCAAUGGGAAAUCCUCCUCCAAUUCUACACCAUUAUGCCUGAAGAUUACCGUCGGGAGACGCUGAAACAGCUCCACGAGAACGUUAAGCGCGACGUGUGGCCACUGGUAUCUCAAGUACUCAUCCAUGACCCUCCCAAUCAAGUACUUGCCAUGGGAGCUGCUGCGGCUUGGGUUCCAUAUAUUGCUACUGCCGAUGGGUUCCUCAGCCCCCGCUACUCUGUCGAUGAUGCUCGUCCUUUGAUACAGUAUAUGCUUGCUGGACUUACUCCUAGCGACCUUGAAGGCGCUGCUGUCGCCCUUCUGGGCCUUACUGAAGUCUACGAAAUGUGUCCCCUGCUAUUGGAUACCGAUACCAAGAACCAGGUGACCGAGAUCCUCUUUACUCCUGGUCAUUAUGGACCUCGAGUUAUCGAUAACGUCAUUGGCGGUGGCGAGCUAGCUGAUGAUCUGACUUUUGUCGAUGCUUUUGUCACCUUCCUCGGCGCCUAUCUCGGCCACCAUAUCCUCUACCUUCUGCGGCAUUUGCAUGAGGAGCUGGUACAACAGAUUCUCCGCAUUGUCCUUCGCUUCUGCCAUUUCGAUGGACAACUGCCUUUGGAAGAACUGGUAAGCGAACCUUUACUCAUGUUUUGGGAAGAAUUUGUGCUGACGUUGGAGCACGACGCCACGUUUAUCAAGCAGACAUUUCAAAAUAACCCUGAGAGUUACAAAGCUCAUACUGAAGCUAGGGACCAGAUCCUUCAACAGUGUACUCAGGUAUACUGGCAAAAGGCCCAGAUCCACGACGAGUUGCCUUCAGAACUUGUGCAAUACCGCACCCUGGUUGGUGACUUGUUUGUGCUGGUACUGGAACUCAUUCUGAUUCCAUUCUACAUCACCAUCGCCGACUCCGUCAAGCUGGCCCUCCAGGCGUCAAAUGCCACUGACUUGGAAGUGCUGUUGUACAUGUGGUACAAAGUGACGGAAGAACUAGCAUUUUACGACGAGUGCUCCGACCACACUCUGAUUGUCGUCGAUGUCUUCCGCCAAGGGCUCAUUGAAGGGGCCCUGGCAUUGAUGGGCCAGCAGACCUACGUCAGUCGCCAGCUCGAAAUCACCACGUUGCGGCUCUUGGGGUCGCUUAAAUUUGUGUUCAACACCGACGCCGGCGCCGAAUACUUACUGGCAGUGCUUGAGUUUUUAUUCGGCGUGAUCUUGACGGGCCUGGUGCCAUCGCUCAUCGCCCUGAAAACCGUGCUUGAGAUCUGUCAGGAGAGUCCCGCACGCAUGGUGCCGUUCCUCCCCAACUUGGAGCCGGUGGUGGAGCAAAUGAUUGGAGAUGGCCGCGUCGAUAACGUCAUCCGUGAGCGCAUGUGUAACGCGGUUGUAUCCAUCGCUCAAGGGGUUAAGGAUCCUGCACAAUUUGCUUCAGUGAUUAAAGCCGUGGUAUCGAAAAUAGUCGCUGUGGCCGCCAGCUUGAUCAACGACCCUGAUGUCCUCGCCGCGAUUGAGGACUACGCCGUAUCGCUUGUGCUGUGCAUCAACGAAGUGGCUAAGGCGCUGAGACUCCCUGAAGACCACGACGAUUGGCUUACUCCUGACCAACAACGUCAAACCAACGAGUACUGGAGCCAGGACCCCUUGGAGAUCAAACCACUUAUCCUCAAUUGCAUUUCCCAGUUUGGGCUUCAAGUGGACUUACUUGCCCGUAACCCCAUUGUGGUGGAAAAGUGCUGUCACAUCUUUAAGAACGGCCUUGGCGAAGCUGUCGAUGGUCCCUUCUGUUUCCCCUUGGCCACCAUCCUUGACUUUAUCAGCACCAAGAUUCCUGCGACCGACCCCGCUCAUUGUAUUCCACUUUACCUGCUCCUCGAGACAAUUACCAUCACUCUGGCUCCUAAGCUUGGCGCCAAUGAGGUGGCCGAAAUCGUUCGCAUUGCGUUUGUCGAUCGCCAGGCUCAACUCACCCACGACCUGGACCUCGUAAAGCCGGUGCUUCUUGUGUUCACCACGCUUAUCGAUAAAACGCCCUCACAUUUGAUUAAACUACUGGCAUUCCAGAACCAGGGACUCUUAUUUGCCCUCGAAGCCUUCUCCAGCAAGGACAUUUUUACCAUCAAAGCCGUCAACCAGUUCUGGCUGAAGUUCCUCCAGCUCAAACGUGGCUCCCACGAAGACCAUCAAUUGCUCCAAAACUUAGUGGUGGGCGAUGGAGGCCGCCAGCUGCUUGGCUUCCGCCUCACCGAAGCCCUCACGGUGCUGUUUGUCACUGGCCUUCGGCUGAGCUUGGAGCAUUACUACCCAGUGUUCCGCACCCUCGUGGCUAAGCUUCCCAUGCACUUUAAGCAGUGGCUUCUGGUGGUGGUGGAGUCAUUGCCGUUGACGAAGUGUGGCCAGGAAGUGCGGCAACAGUUCGUCAGUCAAUUGAUGGUUACCAGAGGACAACGGCAGGCUCACGAUGUGCUCAAGCGGUUUUGGCUUGCGGCUAAUGGAUUGUCUGAAUACAAGUGA